AUGUCAGGGACACAUUGUACAAACAUUAUCUGGGGUUCGGAGCUGGAAAGUCAAAAAUCGCGACGAUCUCCCCGACCUCACCGCGAACGUGACGAUCAUCCGGAUGUUGAAUAUUUUGGCGAAGGGGAAAGCUACAGGCCUGGUGGUUCAACCGGCGAGGGUCCUUACCGUCCUCCAAACCGCGAGCGACUUGCAGCGGACUCAUGGUCUGCCGACAGAAGAGAUUCACGUCGAGAUGACAGAAGAGACGAUAUAGAUUCAUACGUUCCAGCAACAAGCUCACGGGCUGCGAGACCCCGAAGUCGUUCUCCAGGUUUUCGUCGACGAUCGCGAACGCCUCCAAAUCGCGGCCGAGAAGAUUUGUUCGCAAGUAGGAGAUCACCACGACGUCGGUAUUCGCCACGCAGAUCUCCGAUCAGAAGACGAUCUAGAUCAGUGUACGGUGCCCGAUUUCGCAGCCCUCCCGAUGCCAAACGAUACCGAGACUAUUCUCCCGAGCCCUCGCGACGUUCGCCCAAGCGUGAACGUCGAAUUUCUCCCGAGCGAAACAGAUUUGACCGUCCUCGUUCACCAUCGAGACGAGGAUACACACCUGAACGCGACCUUGGAAGAGGGGGUGAAAGUUAUCGACCGAGAUCAAGGACGCCGCCCCGACGAAGACCAGCGGAAGACAAUUGGCGGAGACGGUCUCCUUCCCCAAGGAAUUCUGGACCUGCGUCGAACAAUACAUCUCGAAGAUCAUCUCCGCCUAUUCAUCCAGAUAGAGCGAGCUUGACCGGAUCGUUACCUCGGUCACCGGCGUACCUAGCCCGCACUCAGUAUGACAGGGCAGAGUCGACGACCUACCGAGACAGAUCUCCUCCGCCUGCAGAUUCGUGGAACCGCGACUUCAGUACGCCACACGACGAUACUCGUUCAAAUGGUGAAGCCUUGCAACCACCCUCUGGACCAAGUAGUUACAGAAAUGGCAACUAUGAACGUCCUCCGCCGACAGGUCCUUCACGCGGUUUUAGCCAACCCGCCCAUCAAUCACCACCCACGGGACCCGCAUCUGCCACCAUGUCCAUGUCCGCUCACAAUCGUGGCGGAGGUGCAGCUACACUAGGUGCUCCUACGAGGCCUCGUGGUGCGGCUGGUCGAUUUGACGGACCUUCUCGAGAUUUCACGAGUUCUCCGAUGCGUGGCCGUGGCAGCUUGACCUACCGAGGACCAGCACCAUACGGACCCAGAGGAGGAGGAUUUGGUCGUGGUGAUUUCGGUGCAAGCAGAGGAGACUCGGGAGGCAGUCGAGGAGAUUUUGCAGGCGGCUAUCGUGGCGGAUUCGGACGCGGUGAACCAUCGUUUCCAUUUCGUGGAAAUAGUAGCUCAAGCACGACAUACCCUCGAACGCAACGCUUUAACACUGUCCAACAACACCUCACCACGACAGAAAAGAUUGUCCCGGGCGGUAAACUUCUUCCCUCAGGACUUCCACCGGACCAAGAGAAACGGAUCAGGAUGCUCGAAGCGGAAGCCGAGCGCAUGCGGACAGAGAUUGCGGAGAAGCAGAAAAUCAAGCGCGAGGUUCUGAAUGAAUGGGAAGUUCGCGAGCGAGAAAGCGAGAGGGAGAGCUUGCGCAGUGAGCUCGCUGACGCCCAUUUGCAGCAACUGAUGGAAGGAGAAGACGGAAUUGGGCGUGCAGCGUUCUAA